AUGAGUAGCAACUGCAACCAGGAAGAAAUUGGCCAAAUGCGUGGCGGUCUACUUUUUGUAAAGACAAAGGAUCGUCCUGGAAUUGUCAACUUCUAUCAAGAGAAGAUUGGAAUGAAAGUGUGGCUGGAACAACCAGAGAUUACAGUUCUGUCUCAUGGCAACCUGCUUAUUGGAUUUCACCAGCUACCAACAGACGCAACAACUCCUGUUACCACGGAAGGCAUCAUGUACACCUUCGUAUACCCAACCAAAGCAGAAGUCGAUGCCAUGUACGAGAUAUUUCGUGACACUACAGCAGACGGGCCUCCACGAGAAAACACCAAGUAUCGCAUCUAUCAAUUCUUUGCAGCAGAUCCAGAAGGCAGGCAGCUAGAAUUCCAAGCGUUCUUGCAUCCUCUGGAGCCUAAGAACGCACUUGAUAGGUACGGCGUACGUUCCGUAGACUUUUUGCCAUCCCAAGCUUUUUAA